AGAUAGCUAUCACUCGCACCAGGUAAGUUCGGCCACGCCAUGUUCCCAAGCGGACUGCAAUCAUGGAUUUCUCUGGCAAGCAUGGCCCGGUCAUCUCUCAAGUCCGGCAGCUUUUGCAGGAUGGCCAAAUGUUCGAGUUCUUAUGCGAGCAGAGUUUUCAGACACAGGCUACUGAGGGCACUGUGACCCUACCGGCGAUCGCGCCCAUGAUCGAGCAAGUGUUGCAGUCGUUGGGUCGCCCUGUUUCGCCGGCAGAGGUCUACCAGGUUUGGACCCAGCAUUGUGAUCCAGACAUGCAUCACAUGUCGCUGGCUCACUUCAAGCCCUUUCUACGAUCCCUUCUGGAAGACUACGUGGCCAAAGCAGAGCAGAGAGAACACACUGAGUCGCAGACGUUUCUGGUUACCCAGCCAUUGGACUUCACGGGCACCGGCUACCCGGACUCCGCCGGGUUCCCCGCGCGCGGCGAGAAGCCGGAGCCACCAUCCCGCAUAGUGACCUCAGUGGAGCUCAGUUCCCCGCCACGCUCCAGUGCGCCAGAACCAUCUCCAAGCUCCACUCUGGAGGCUCCAGAGGUUGCCAAAGCUGCAGAGGUUCCACACAUUCCCAGCCCUCCAGCCCCAGCGCCGAAGCCCAGCAUCCAAGCAUGUCCAAUCCCUGCGCCGGAAACCAGGCGAAGAAGCCCACCACCCUUGGCCAAGGCAGAACCCAGGGUGUCCAGAGACUCUCCAAGUGCUAAGCCUGGGCCUAAACGGUCCCUCUCCGCCAAAGGCAACACAAACAGUGGAAACACUCCACGAAAAGCUUCCACUUCACCAUCAGCAGCUCCACGGAGCAGCAACAAACCGGCACCAAGCGUGCAGAAAGACUCAUUCCACGACGCUUUCUUUCAGCUGUCCCCUGACCUGCUGGAGUUGCUCUCUGAAGAGGAGUUGGCUGACGGCUCUAGUGCCCCGUCCAGUCCCUCCAUCUUCCGGUCGGCUCGGGAAGCACUUCAGCGGAUGCGGGAGCUGUGCCAGGAGUUAGGGGACAGCUGCUUCGUGGAUCCCGACUUUGGUCCCACAGUGAAGGACCCGACUGGAAGGAAGUCAUUGAUCCCGGUAGAUGCAGUUUUGCCCGCCGAGGCCUUUCAACAGUUCCCCGGCCAUGAUCAGGUGUCAUGGCUGAGAGCCCAUGAAGUGUGGCCCAAAGGCCAUCACUUCUGUGGAGAACUGGCAGAAGUUCGGCCAGGGGUUUUUGGUGAUGCUUGGUUCUUGGGGGCCUUGUGUUCAUUGUCACUGUCAGAAAUGGAGCUCUUUGGGCAUCCCUCUGGCUAUGAAGAGCCUUUAGGGGUUUACCCGCGUGUAUUUUGGGAUCCUGAGUUUCGACGGCGGGGAUUGUAUUGCUUCAGGUUCUCGAGUCAGGGUCAGUGGAGCUACGUGGUGGUGGAUGACUGUUUGCCUUUCCACCGGAAGACUUCCAAACCAUUGUUCUCGUAUGCCGUUGGCCUUGACACCCUGCCACAUCUAUGGAUUGCGUUAAUUGAGAAGGCCUUUGCAAAGCUUCAUGGUGCCUAUUUUUCUUUGUGGCUAGGCUUUGUUGACGAUGCUUUGGAAGAUUUGACCUCGUGGCCCACCGAAAAGCUACAAGUCUCCAAGUUCACAAAGGGCAAUGAUGGAAAGCGCAAGGAUCCAGGUGAGUUUUGGUCAACCCUUUUGGAGCACAAUGCCUCGAUGAUUUGCCUUCGGGCGGACGCAGGCGACGGGACUGACAAGAGCGAUAUGGUGCACGUGGACCCUCAAUCCAUUCACUUGGAUGCACGUGAGGUGGGGUCCUUUUGCACGGGCAUUUUCCGGAACUGGGCCUAUCCGAUUCUCUGCCUGAGAGCUUGUGACUUGGGGGACUCAGAUGGACUGGAUCAACCACCCGCGCCACCCGUCCGUUUCAUCCGACUGCGGUCGUUCAUGGGUGGAUGGCAUGGCCCCUGGGGAGAUCAAGACUUGAAUUGGAGCCAAGCACCUCAAGAAUUGGUUCAAGAACUUCAAGCCAGUGUAGGGAGCAGUUUCGUUCCUGCAUGCAGCUUGGGCUUGAAGCAUGAUGGAGUGCACCAGUCCAUGUUGCGACCCCUCAUGCCCUUACACCCGGUUGAGCAAGCCCAGCAUGAUGGGACAUUUGUGAUGAGAUUUGAUGAUUGGAUGAUGGUCUACAGUCACGUCCUCCUUCGACAUCGUCUUCCACAUGAGUCCGGGUGGAGCCAUCUUCGAUUGCAAAACAGCUGGACUCGGGACAGCUGUGGCGGGACACCUAUCCCUGUGCAGCAACCGGUGCUUGCCACUCUGGAGACUUGGGCUCGGAACCCUCAGUGCCGCCUGGUGCUCGAGGCGGAUGCCGACGAAGUGGAGAUUUUUCUGACACUUCAUCAGGCUGAUGCCCGGCUGAAGGGAAAGUCGACUUUCCCCUUCGAAGAUCAGCUGCGUCAAAUCUUUGUGUGCGUGAUGGAUGGGGUGGAGGGGGAGCGGCUGAGUAUCUUCGACAAGAAGCGCAUUGUGCGGCAAAGGAAUGGCUCCAGCGCUGCCAGCCUCUUAAGUCGAAGACGCUCAGUGCUCUUACGGACCAGGCUGGCAAGCCCUGGUACCUAUGCCAUCAUUCCAUCGAUUUGGGAACCUGAUCUCCCUGGACAGGUUUCAGUGCCUUUCGUGCUCACCUUGCACGUCCAUUGCGACGCUGAGAAGUUCCUGGUGGACGCUCCUGAAUCAGAGGGAUGGGAGUUGCCAAAGUGCGCGAGAAACGGGGGAGAAAUCCUGACUGAUCGUCGUGUGAGCAGCGUGGACAUAUGGGAGGAGCUUCUCACAUUGUGA